AUCUCGAACUCCGAAACAAAGCAAUCACCCGAGCAAAGCAGUGCGGAGAGACGAUCCAGCGGCAUUUCGCAUUCGACGAACGAAGCGCCGCCAUCUGAUCCGACACGCAGCGCAAUGGCGGCGGGACUGAAGAGGCCGUCGUUCGGGACGCGGGCGUGGCGGCUGCUGCGGCUGGCGGUGCUGUGGGCGCGGAAGGGCGGCGCGGCGCACAGCCUGCGCCUGCGCCUGCUCCGCACGCUCCGCCGCCACGGCCACGGCCUCGCCGGCCUGGGCGGCGCGCGCGGCGACCGGCUCCGCUGCGGCGAGCGCGAGUACUCCAUCGACGAGACGCCGGCGUUCCGGUUCCGCACCCCGUCCGCGCGCGUGCUCCGCCUCAUCCCCUGCAUCGCGCCGGCCGUGCCGGACACGCCGGGCCUCUACGGCGACGACCGCUACUUCUUCAGCGCCGCCGCCGCCGCGUGGGAGACGGGCGAGGGCGCCGGGUGCUGCUACGGCGACGUCGACGAUGAUGAGGAGGAGGACGACGAAGAGCCGAGCUGCUGCGGCGAUGGCGAGAUGCUGCUGGAGCGCGUGGUGGCGGAGGCCUGCCGCGCGAGCUCGGCCGGACGGUCGGUGGCAGCGGACAGCGGCGAGGACGCCGGGGUGGACGUCAAGGCGGACGAGUUCAUCGCCAGGUUCUACGCGCAGAUGAAGCUGCAGCGCCAGAUCUCGUGGCUACAGUACAACGAGAUGAUGGAGAGGAGCAUCAGCUAGAUUUAUUUCUUCGUUCAUUCUUGCUUACUACUAGUACUACCAGCGAUUGAGCUUGAGCUCUGUACAUUUGCUCUAAAAUUUCUUUUGUUGCUCCCAAAAAUUAUUAUUACUACAAUACAUAUACAUGAUAC